AUGGGGCUCGACGCCUGUGACAGCGGCUCUCCCACGCUCGCCUUUGAGAAACUCGUUAAGAUGGCCGCCUCUGGCGGUGGCCUUGACAACAUCACCGAAAGCACCACCAGUCCCCCUGCAAAGGCUACCGUGCAAGGGUUUGAGAGGACGGCAUUCAAGGGGUACUUUGGGCUCAUGCUGGCGGUGUGGCAACAGCCUGUUGUCGUGCACAUCGAGGCCAGCGCUGCUUCCUUCGUCUCCUACGAUGGGACAUUCAACUACCAGGACCCGGGGUGCUACACGGGCAACCUCGACCACGUUGUACUCGUUACAGGCUACCUCACUUCGGGUGUUGACAAGUCCCGCCCGACCAUCUACCCGCCCUUCUGGAAGAUCCGCAACUCGUGGGGCACGCAGUGGGGCGCGGAUGGGUACAUGUACUUGGGUAUGGCGGGGGGAGAUGGCAUCUGUGGCAUCAAUGUGCUGCCCGGCAUCUACCCAGUCAUACGAUUUCCCAAAGAUCCGUGCAUGCAGAAUGCGGUGAAGCUCGGUCGCAAGGGUGCAGAGACGGCGGCCAUGAACCCCUGUGGCUCCUUCACAUGCAUUCCUCAGAAAGACAACUCCAACAAGUGUGACUGCAACGAUCCAUCCUUCGUUGAGGCGCUCAAUGAGGAUGGCUCUCGCACCUGUGCCUAUGUGGAUGUGUGUGGCAGCAAUACACAGAACCCAUGCGAGGUGGGGUCGUGUAUCAACGCCGGCAACGGCUCGUACACGUGUGUGUGCCCGCCCACACAUUCACUCGACUCCACUAUCGCUGGCUUUUCCACCUGCUCCAGAGUUGAGGGCAUUGCAACAAAGCUGGUGGUGAGAGGCAACAACUGGAACUGCUCCGAUGUACACUCGCUCUUCGGCCUCACACUCGAUGACCUCAAGAAGAAUAACGAGAAACUUGACUGCACGAAGCCCCUUGAGGAAAACAAAGAGCUCAACAUGGCAAAGGAAGGCGUCACUCCCUGCUCUGCUUUCUACUACACUCUGCCUGGGGACAAGUGCCCCUCAAUUGAGAAUUUCCUCAAACUCGAACCGGACUCGCUGAGAGAACUAAACCCAGGCUUCGACUGCUCCUCCUCUGCGCCUCUCAUCGCAUCCCGCUCCCUUUGCAUCGAGAGAAACUGGUUAGCUGUGGCUUUCAUGCCCGUCUGCCUUCGGACGGGGUUCAUUCAGAGCAAGGAGGGGUGUGCGCAGCUGGUGGAGAGCUCCAAAGGAAAGCUCUCCAUGCUGGACCUAUAUCGGAUGAACCCCGGCCUUGUGUGCAAUUCAGACAGGAGUCUCAAUGACGCCGCGAAAAAUAACUUGCAAGUGCAGAUGCAGGUGUGUGUGAAGGCAGAGUAUCAGGAUUUCUCAUUGGGUAGGUGUACCACCAAAGGAAGCAGAAGUAUGUGCGGGUACUAUAGGAGGGAGUUCGACAUCGACGGUUAA